AUGGAAUACAUACGUCCUGCAGGCUUGAACGAACUUCGAUGUAUCGUAAGAGAAGAGCUGAAGCUAUACGGAUCAAUCGUCUCCGUAGCAGAAUAUGCUGGUCCGCGUAAGCUGCAACAGGUCGAUUUCUUCAAGGCACUGAAGCAAUGCAUCGCCGAACAUGCAACGCUCGCCAUCGUGGUUCGAGACGCGGACACCGAUCAUCCGGUUCUAGGACGGGUUGAAGAAAUGGAUCUCUCAAAGCACUACUGCUACAUCCGUGACAAAGAUCUGCUGAACUUCCUGGAAAAUAGCCACAAUGWGCCUUUCGCCGACGGCUCCGAACGCCCUCAGUGGCGAGUAGUCGUACAGUCUGUACAUAGCGAAGCUCCAACAGAACGAUUCCGCUUCCAGAUGGCCUUCGUCUGUUCACACAACUUUGCAGACGGCUUCUCAGAGUCGAUUUUUCACGCCACGUUUUUGAAAGCACUAAACAGGCUAGAUGUCAUUCCUUUCGAUGACGCCUCCCUCUGGCAGCCUCCCAAGGAUACUCUAUUACCUCCACCACUCGAGAAAGCUGGCAAGCUACCCAUCUCAUGGGGCUUCCUUCUUGGCCCACUGCUCAACGAGUAUCUUCCGGCGCCGAUUGCUUCGCUUUUGGGCCUCAAAGCCCCAUCUAUGAAGAAAGUCUGGACAGGCGCGUCUAUCAGACCUCAUGAGCUUCCUCUCAAGAAGCUGGUCCAUACCAACGUCCACCAGGCAUCAGUCCCGACAGAAACGCUGAAGAACGUGCUGAAAGUCGGCAAAGAGCACAGCUCUCGCUUGACUGGUCUCUUAACACAUGUCUUUGCCCGUGCCCUUGCACGCGGUCUAAACGCGCGAGGACAAGAUUACCUUCACUUCAACUUCACAGUCCCUCUCAAUCUGCGAAAAGCUAUGAAGUGUAACGAGGGACAAAUAGGCAACUACGCCUCAGUGACUGAUGGGGUUGUGACGUUAAAGCCUGAGCAUCUCACAGCAAAGCAAAGCCUGACAAUCGAGGAGUGGGACGCCGUGGCCGCGACUACCAAGCACCUCGAGCAGAGAUCUUCAACCAUGUUAGAUCAACCAAUUGGUCUACUCCAGUACUUGAAAGAUCUUCGCGGAUGGAUGUUGAAGAAGGCUAGCAAGCCCGCGAAUGACUCGUUCGAGCUCAGUAAUGUUGGAGUUUUUGAUGGAGGCGCAGGUGGUGGUGAUUGGAAGAUUGUGGAUUAUAUUUUCUCGCAGUCAGCGGACGCUUCGGGUUCGCCGAUGGCGGUCAAUAUUGCAAGUGUCAAAGAUGGCAGGCUCAAUCUUGCUAUUACUUGGUGUCCUGGGGCGCUUGGGGUGGAUGAUGAGAGGGUAUUUGUUGAAGAGGUUGUUGGUGAUGUUGUUUGUGAAUUGGAUUAUUUGGCAAUGGAGUACGGGCGGCGGUGA